AUGGCCCAUCUGCGCGGCCACUUGGACGCCGACGCCCCUGCCACCAUGUUCUCGCCGUCAGUCGCUCGCAUCGCCGCCACGGAGGCCAGAGACUGGUCUUUCGUCGACUCAUGGGUUGCCUCGCAAUUCCCAGGCCGCCAGCCACCGCCCUUUGAGCACAACGCCGACACCCUGCGAGCGCUGCUGGGCCUCAUUGCGCUCAACGACACGGCGUCCGAGGAAGCGCGUCUGCUGGCACGCGUAGACCGAGAUGCUCUCGUUGAAAUACCGCCCAGCGCAGACGCAGCGGCUAGUGCUCGACCUGCCACGCUGGCGGCCAUGCGAGACUCGCUGUUGGACAUUGUUGAGCAAGAGCUGCCCAAAGAAGGACGAGUCGCGCUCCAUGCCAUGUCUUCCAUGGCCGUCUCCGCCAGCAUCGCCCUGCCCGAGCCCGAGCAGCUCGGCGCCGCUAUCCUGGCGACCCAGUCCGCCAUCUUUGAGACGGAGCAGAUGACGUCUCGAGCCGACGCUUUGGAAUGGCACAUUCAUGCAGAAAUCGAGCACGCCAACCACGUGUUGAAUCUGAUGCUGGAUGAGAUUGGCAACGUGCCCGAAGGUCUCGGAAAACGUAACAUGGAGCUGCAACGUACGGUAAAGGCCAUGAAAUCCCAGGUGCCCGUGUUCGAGAAGAGCGUCGCGUCGCUCAAGUCAUCCGCUGCUUCCUCCGACUUUACAGUGCACGACAUACUACGAGAGGAACAAGAGUAUCUCGCCUUGGUAGAAAAGAGAAGGGAGCUCGAGGGGCGCAUUUCGGUAUUCCGCGGGCUUCCAAGCGACCCAGACUUGGCAAGACAUGAGUUGAAUGCAUACCGAAAAGAGCUUCAGAGCAUCACAUCGCGACGAGAUGCCGCCUUCCAAGGCUUGGUGGAGCGCGAAACACCAGUGAAAAGGAGGUGA